CAGUGUCGGCCAAGAAGGCCUGGAAAUAAGCUUGAUGCUCAUUCAUGUAUUAACAAGAAACCAACCAGUCAAAACUCCACCCAUCAGCCUGUAGAAACUAAGCCUCCGACGACUUCUCCCUUGAAGUCUUCUGCUUGCAUUAUUGUCACGAAUCCAAAAUCUAACAGUAGUACCUGAAGAGAGAUGGAGGCGCGCCUAUUAGUGAACAUUUUCAACAGAUUUUUGCUGCACUUUCCAGGAAUGCUGAGAGGAGUCACAGCUCUCGUGCUGGCCGCACUGUCUGCAUUAGCAUAUCAGGGCAUCCGCCCUCCACCGCCCAAAACUUGUGGCUCUCCAGGUGGUCCGCCCAUCACGGCAACCCGAGUAAGGCUCAAGGACGGCCGAUACUUGGCCUACAAAGAGCAUGGAGUACCGAGAGAAUUGGCCGAACACAAGAUCAUCUUUGUGCAUGGCUCAGACUCCUGUAGGCAUGACGCAGUGAUAGCGACGGAUGUUUCUCCGGCGGUUCUUGAGGAAUUGAAGGUGUACGUCUUGUCAUUUGAUAAACCUGGAUACGGAGAAAGUGACCCGGACCCGAAAAGGACCCUGAAGAGUCUAGCUCUGGAUAUAGAAGAUCUUGCUGAUCAGUUGGGACUGGGGACCAAGUUCUAUGUGGUUGGGCAUUCCAUGGGAGGCCAGGCGACUUGGGGUGUCCUGAAGUAUAUCCCUCACAGGUUAGCCGGAGCAGCUCUCACCGCUCCUGUGAUCAACUACUGGUGGCCCCAGUUUCCCGCCAACCUAUCCAAGGAAGCCUACAACUUGCAGCCACCACGGGACCAGUACGCACUCAGAGUGGUUCACUAUGCCCCUUGGCUCACCUACUGGUGGAACACCCAAAAGUGGUUCCCCGCGUCCAGCGUCGUCACUCGUGCCCCCUGCAUCUUGGGCCGUCAAGACAUGGAACUUAUCCCCAAGAUGAUGGAGCGCCGCAAUGAAGCAUCACGGGUGAUCGUGAGGCAACAAGGAGAAGCUGAGUCGAUCCUUCGGGACAUGAUGAUUGGUUUCGGGAGUAGGGAGUUCAAUCCUAUGGAUAUUGAGAACCCUUUUCCAAACAAGGAAGGAGCGGUGCAUCUGUGGCAAGGCGAUGAUGAUAGGCUAGUCCCCGUUUCACUUCAACGGCACAUUGCACAGAAGCUUUCAUGGAUUCAGUACCACGAGCUGCCUGGUGCCGGGCAUUUUUUCCCUUAUGCUGAUGGGAUGGGUGAAGCUAUUCUGAAGGCACUUAUAGCUGGCCAGAAGUAGAGUUGAUUUCAUAGUUAGCUCUAUUUUCCCCUCAUCCUCUGGGUUCUUCAGAUGGUUUGUUCUUGGAAGAGUUGAGAGUGUUAACCAGAUACUCAGCUAUUGGCUUUGAAUUCCCUCUUUUUGCUUGGUGGCUUUGAAUCCUAAAGAAGGCUUGUGAUGCAAUAAAACGGAGGAUGAUAAUUGACCUGU